GUUACGAUAUUGGCAUUUCCAAUUGUCGAAACGAAAGUUUCGAUAUAUUUUAAUUAGUCUGUUGAACUAUUAAAAUUUAGUAAAGUACUGAAUGAAUGUAUCUAAUCACGUACUGGACGGAGUAGGAAUCAUUUUUGUAAAUUUUAAAUGAACUGCAAGCCAUGAAGUGAAACUCAACUUUCACGUAGAUUUGAAGGAAACCUGUUUUCAAGGACAAACUUAUUACAGGUUUAAUAUGAAUGAAGAAUCAUAUAACACAUUAUUAUCAUAACUAAAAGAGUGUUUCUGCUAAGGAGUAAAAAAUAAAAUGGUCAUUUCAUCGAUUUCUAGGUACCCUAGGAAAGACUUGACCCUGGAAAAGGACAUAAAAAGUGGAAGGGGUAAAGAGUGGGGAGGGGUUGCAAUAAAUCACUUAAGGCUGCCCUGAUUGCCUGGCGCCCUUAACAUACGGUCCAAAUUAACCAUAAAAUGAAAGUUGAAACAAAAAUAUAUUUUUUAUAAAUGGUGUAAUUGCUUUAAUUUACAUUAAUUCCUGACCCCUGGGCUAGUACUCUUCCGUGACGUCACGUUCGCCAUAUUGUUAGAGUCGUCUUACCUCUGGAUAGUUAUGUUGGUUCUUUUUAAGUGAAUUUGGACCUUUCCUGACUAUUUUUACACGGAAAAGUAUUUUAAACAGCGCUAUUGCUCCUUAUAACACGUGUGAUUCCACAACAAUGGAUGGAGACAGUGGUGGUAUGGCGAGUCCUUCGCCACAGUCUCAGUCCUCACCAAUGCCUCCUCCUCAGGCCCCUUCGCCUAUGGGCCCUCCUCAGGGUGCUCCAUCACCGAUGCCUCCUUCAGCUCAACAGGCAGCCUCACCAAUGGGGCCACCCCACCACCCUCAUAGCCCCACUGGCUACCAAGGUGUGAUGCCUCAUAUGAAUGGACCAAAUGGUGGUCCUCCAGGCAUGCAGCAAGGUACUCAAACAUUUCAGCCUCAUCCGCAAUUGCCACCACACCAGCAGCCACCAAUGCAGGGUGCACCUGGAGGAUCCAGUAGUGGAGGAGGACAAGAAAAUCUUAGUGCUCUUCAGCGUGCUAUUGAUUCUAUGGAAGAGAAAGGACUUCAAGAAGAUCCUCGCUACUCACAGUUGCUCGCACUGAGGGCAAGGCAUGCCAAUAUGGAACCUCCCGUCAGGCCUCCUCCUCAGGUUGUUGGGGGUGGUUUCACUGGUGAGGGUGGUGCCCCUCCUCCUGCUAAACAUAGCUUCAGUGCCAACCAACUCCAGCAGCUUCGGGUGCAAAUUAUGGCAUAUCGUCUACUCGCUAGAAACCAACCUCUUUCCCAGCAACUGGCAUUGGCUGUUCAAGGCAAACGUUUAGACAGCCCUGGCGAGUCGAAUUACCAGCAUCCCCCGAGUGAAGGUGCUGGGGUUGGCGGUGAAGGAGGAGGAGAUGGGGCAUCAUCAAAUGGUUUGAUGACGCAACCCAUGCGUCCGCCAUGCCCUCCUGGUGGCCAGCCUCCUACUGCCUCACCCAUGACGGGCCAAAUGGCACCGCCUACAGGGCCAGCUCCCGUAAGGCCUCCUCCUCCUGGUGUCUCUCCUACACCCCCUCGUCCUCCACAGCAGGUUCCUGGUGGUCCUGGAGCACCACAGCCGAAGCAGAACAGAGUUACCACUAUGCCGCGACCACAUGGUUUAGAUCCCAUCCUUGUUCUCCAGGAAAGAGAGAACAGGGUAGCUGCAAGAAUUGUGCAUAGAAUGGAGGAAUUAUCGAACUUACCUGCUACUAUGCCCGAAGAUCUUCGAAUUAAAGCCCAGAUAGAGCUUAGAGCCUUGCGAGUUCUGAACUUCCAAAGACAAUUGAGAGCUGAAGUGAUAGCUUGUACCAGGCGUGAUACAACAUUGGAAACAGCAGUAAAUGUGAAAGCUUACAAGCGCACGAAAAGACAAGGUUUACGAGAAGCAAGGGCUACAGAAAAACUUGAAAAACAACAGAAACUUGAAACAGAAAGGAAGAAGAGACAAAAACACCAGGAAUAUCUUAGCACUAUAUUACAACAUUGCAAAGACUUCAAAGAAUUUCAUAGGAAUAAUGUCGCUAAAGUUGGUAGAUUGAAUAAGGCUGUGAUGAAUUACCAUGCAAAUGCUGAGCGUGAACAGAAGAAAGAACAAGAAAGAAUAGAAAAAGAACGUAUGAGGAGGCUUAUGGCUGAGGAUGAAGAGGGUUACAGGAAAUUGAUUGAUCAGAAAAAAGAUAAAAGGUUGGCAUUCCUUCUAUCACAAACUGAUGAAUAUAUUGCUAACCUUACUGAAAUGGUAAAACAGCAUAAAAUGGAACAACAGCGUAAACAGGAACAAGAGGAGCAACAAAAGCGGAAGAGGAAAAAGAAAAAGAAGGCUAGGGAAGGAGAUCCUGAUGAUGAAAGCUCUCAGAUGUCAGAUUUACACGUUAGUGUUAUUGAAGCAUCAACUGGUCGGCAGCUGACAGGUGAGGAUGCUCCAUUAGCUAGUCAACUUGGGGCUUGGUUAGAAGCACAUCCAGGUUGGGAGCCUUUAGAAGACAGUGAGGAUGAAGAUGAUGAAGAAGACAGCGACGAGGAAGGUGGUUUUUCAAUGAUAGGAAAAGAUGAAGCUGAUAGCAAGUUAUCUGUUGAAGACGAAGCUCGAGAAAUGAUUAAGAAAGCGAAGAUUGAAGAUGACGAGUACAAGAACACCACCGAAGAACAUACAUACUAUAGCAUUGCUCACACUGUGCAUGAGAUCGUAACAGAGCAAGCUUCAAUCAUGAUAAACGGUAAAUUGAAAGAAUAUCAAAUUAAAGGCCUUGAGUGGUUAGUAUCUUUGUACAACAACAACUUGAAUGGAAUCCUCGCUGAUGAGAUGGGUCUCGGCAAGACAAUUCAAACUAUAGGCCUUAUCACUUACUUGAUGGAGAAGAAGAAAGUAAACGGCCCUUACCUCAUUAUUGUACCUUUAUCAACAUUGUCUAAUUGGGUUUUGGAAUUUGAGAAAUGGGCUCCUUCGGUGUUUGUGGUAGCUUAUAAAGGUUCCCCUGCAAUGAGGAGGACUUUACAAACACAGAUGCGCUCAACAAAGUUUAAUGUUCUCCUCACAACUUAUGAAUACGUUAUCAAAGACAAAGCAGUACUUGCAAAGUUACAUUGGAAGUACAUGAUAAUUGAUGAGGGGCACAGGAUGAAGAACCAUCAUUGUAAGCUGACCCAGGUGCUCAAUACUCAUUACUUGGCACCACACCGCCUCCUCCUCACGGGCACACCCCUGCAGAACAAGCUGCCUGAGCUCUGGGCGCUUCUGAACUUUCUGCUCCCUUCCAUCUUUAAGUCGUGUUCUACUUUCGAGCAAUGGUUCAACGCCCCAUUCGCUACUACUGGAGAAAAGGUUGAAUUGAAUGAGGAAGAAACAAUUUUGAUCAUCAGACGUUUGCAUAAAGUUCUUCGACCUUUCCUCCUCCGCAGACUGAAAAAAGAAGUUGAAAGUCAAUUGCCUGAGAAAAUUGAAUACAUUGUUAAGUGUGAUAUGUCUGGUCUUCAACGUGUCCUUUACAGGCAUAUGCAGAGUAAAGGAGUUCUAUUAACCGAUGGUUCUGAAAAGGGAAAACAAGGCAAGGGAGGAGCUAAAGCUCUGAUGAACACUAUCGUCCAAUUGAGAAAGCUUUGCAACCACCCUUUCAUGUUCCAUCAUAUUGAAGAGAAAUAUUGCGAUCAUGUUGGUCAGAACAAUGUUGUUACUGGGCCUGAUCUGUUCCGAGUGUCCGGUAAAUUUGAAUUCCUUGAUCGGAUAUUGCCAAAAUUGAAGGCCACAAACCAUAGGGUGCUUCUCUUCUGUCAAAUGACCCAGCUGAUGACCAUCAUGGAAGAUUAUUUGUCUUGGAGAGUGUUCUCCUAUCUUCGUCUUGAUGGUACAACCAAGUCUGAAGACAGAGGAGAUCUUCUUAAGAAAUUCAACAGCCCAGAAAGUGAAUAUUUCAUUUUCUUGUUGUCUACAAGAGCCGGUGGAUUAGGGUUGAACUUACAAGCAGCUGAUACUGUCAUCAUAUUUGAUUCGGAUUGGAAUCCUCAUCAGGAUUUGCAAGCUCAAGACAGAGCUCAUAGGAUUGGACAACAAAAUGAGGUUCGUGUCUUGAGGCUAAUGACAGUAAACUCAGUCGAGGAGCGUAUACUUGCAGCUGCUCGUUACAAGCUGAACAUGGAUGAAAAAGUCAUUCAGGCUGGUAUGUUUGACCAGAAAUCGACGGGAACAGAAAGGCAGAAAUUUUUGCAGAACAUCCUUCAUCAAGACGAUGCUGAUGAUGAGGAAAAUGAAGUUCCUGAUGAUGAAAUGGUCAACCGCAUGAUAGCAAGAACAGAAGACGAAUUCAAUCUCUUUCAGAAAAUUGAUCUUGAACGAAGGAGGGAAGAGGCUAAACUUGGACCUAAUCGAAAGUCCAGGCUUGUAGAAGAAGCUGAACUUCCAGACUGGCUGGUUAAAAAUGAUGAUGAGAUCGAGAAAUGGGCUUAUGAAGAAACUGAAGUACAAAUGGGUAGAGGCAAUAGGCAGAGAAAGGAGGUAGAUUACACUGAUAGUUUGACUGAAAAAGAAUGGUUGAAGGCUAUUGAUGAUAAUGUAGAUGAUUUUGAUGACGAUGAAGAGGAAGAGGUAAAGAUCAAGAAAAGAGGCAAGAGAAGAAGAAGAGGAGAGGAGGAUGAGGAAGAUGCAAGUACUUCCAAGAGAAGAAAAUAUUCUCCUUCUGAAAACAAAUUGAGGAGGCGUAUGCGUAACCUUAUGAAUAUUGUUGUUAAAUAUACCGAUAGUGAUUCCAGGGUACUUAGUGAACCAUUCAUGAAACUUCCUUCUCGUCACAAGUAUCCAGAUUACUAUGAAUUGAUUAAGAAACCCAUCGAUAUCAAGAGGAUAUUGGCCAAAGUAGAAGAGUGUAAAUAUACUGACAUGGAUGAAUUAGAAAAAGAUUUUAUGCAGCUUUGUAAAAAUGCACAGACGUAUAAUGAGGAGGCAUCUUUAAUCUACGAAGAUUCAAUAGUGUUAGAAAGUGUUUUCUCCAAUGCUCGUCAAAAAGUUGAGCAAGAUGCUGAUUCAGAUGAUGAUGAAAGCAAAGGUGACCAGGAAGAUGCUGCAUCAGAUACUUCAUCCGUAAAAAUGAAAUUGAAGUUAAAGCCUGGGAGGACCCGAGGGAGUGGAGCAGGUGGUAAGAGGAGAAGAAGAAAAUAUAUUUCCGAAGAUGAAGAUGAAGACCAAAGCGAAGUUUCCUUAAUGUAAUUUUACCAUAAUUUUGUGUUAAGUGUAAUGCCUCUUCGUCUGUCCUUUACAAUUGUUAGUUUCAUCGGUGGUCGGUACCCAUUUUGGGAGAAGCUAAGCUUUUUAGUUGACUAUCGAGGAGUAUAGGACUGAUUUUGUUUUUUAUGAUUUGGUGUCAUGUACAAAAAAAAAAAAAUGUAUUUAACUGUAUAAUCUACUCUUUAGAGGAGUAGUCUUAAAACACCUAUCAUUGAAAUUGUGUGCAAAUUGAUUGUACAUUGUUGAUAUUAUGUAAAGUAUUAUUUAAUAUACUUUAUAAUUUUAAUUAAUUGACUCUGUAACAGUAUAUUAGCGGUCAUGAUUUAGCACAUUUCUAUUAAAUAUAUUAUUAAAUGUAACUGACUACUUCAUAGAAUUUAUCAUCUAUAGAAUGGAAUAUUAUUGUUUUAUUUAAUUUCUUUUUUAAUAUUUUAGAGCAUUUAUUAAUUGUAUUGAUUGUAAAUUUUUUUUACUAUGUCAUUUUAAUAUUAAUUAUUUGUGGUGUAAAUCCUGUGUAUUUAUUUUAUAUAUAAAUAUAUAUAGAACCUGGAAAACAGGUUAAAAGCACUUAUUUUAAUUUGUUAUGAAAUAUUAUUGAUGACCUUAGACCAGAUUUUAUGGUAUGCUACUUAAAAUAAAUUUUAUUGAUUCUGUAAAUAAUAAAUUAUAAAUCUGAAAAGUGUAUAUAUCAAUAGUGACUAAAAAAUGAUCUCAAUUUUUAAGAAAUGUUAUUCUAAUAAGUCGCUCUUCUUGUUAGUGUUCAAUAACAUCUGUUGACAACAGAGAAGUAAUAUGAGCAGAAGUUGGUCGGGAAUGUAAUCAAAUUAAUUAUUAUAAUGUACAGUAUUUAAUUUGGCACAAUUCUUCAAAUUAUAAUCACAUGGUUCCAUUCAAUAAAUAAUAAUCAUGGUCAACCAUCUCCACACAUCUAUUAAAAAUUACCAUAAUGUUGCAUGUUUUCAUAUCCUCCCAGCAUUGUUCUGAUGAGUCUUUUUUUCUAUGCAGUUUAAAUUUUAUUGAUCCUCUUCCUCUAAUUCCAAUUUUCGAUUUAUCCUGGAGUUGCAUUCCCAAUCCACAGGUGUAGGACCCUGGGUAAUAUUCUCAUCUCUAUAAUGGGCUGCUCUCUUACUGCCUACAGUUCUCCAAUACAGUAAGAUAUAAAUAAACCUGGUUCUAUGGUGAACACUUUUCAAAGUGGCCUUUUGGGUAUCGUCCAUUCUACAGAGAUGCUCAUACCAACUUCGAUGAUCCAAUCUUGAUAAAAGUUUUGUUUUCUCACCUAAUCAAAUUUUAAAAAGUAAGACUUAAAUAAAUUUUAUUGAAUAUUUAAUAGUUGACCGUUGCAUUAUAACGAAGGAGAUGGUCCGGGGUUGCAGUCAUAAAAAGGCUAAAUAGUGGUAAAACUAUUUUAUUGAAAGCCAACGUUUCGACCCGACUUUGCAGGUCUUCAUCAGGGCUAGAACGGACAAGAUACAAAAGAUAGAGAAUUGUGGCAAUUACAUAAUAUUUAGACAUAAUUUAUAAACAAUGUGAAUAAGCUUAUUAGAAUUAUAAACAGUAAGUAGAAUAAAAUAUGGACUAAGUAAGCUGAGUAACAAGAUCCUAAACUAAAAUAAAUAGAUG